UGGCUAGAACGAACUAUUGACGAAGUGGCGAGCACGCGCCAUUACGCCAACGCCAAAGCCAAUAUAGCUGCUGGCUUUACAAAUUGAAAGCGAAACGAAAACAAGAACCCCAAAACAAGAAUCCCCAAAUUCGUAGCCGAGCCAAAUCCCGAUUCCCAAAUCCAACCAAACCCUUCUUUCCUCUCUUUCUCCUUAAGCUAGCGGCUCUGCUCAAAGCCCGCCCCUCUUGUUUGCUUUUCAACUCUACCUCUUUCUCUCUCUGACUUUCUCUCUCUCGGCUUUGAUCCGGCUCAGAUCCAUCUUGCGCCGCUCCUCCCCUUCCCUCCGUCCUGAUCAUAACCAUUUUCAGGUUUCCGACGAGCCCAUAUCGUCGAAUUUCUCAUUGAAUCUUCCUCGUUCAUUUACUAGCUCUUUGGACUCUUCCAAGUGGAGGGUUUGGGUUCUUGUUCGAGUUGGGAGAUGGGGUUCUGUUUCUUUGGCUGUCUUCUUGGAGGACCCUUUAUUGAGGUCGUUUUUUUGACAAUUGGGUUCUCGUUGGAAUAAGGGGUGGGAGUCUUUGUGUUCGUUCCAUGUAUUUCUAGGGACUGUUAGUGGGAAAGCCAAAAACCAAAUGGAAUGGAGUGUGAAUAAUGCAUUUAAAACAUCCAAAGCCUUUGCUUUUGUUCCUACAAGUAGAUUUGGAACCCAAGUCCGUGAUGGAUGUGGCACUGAUACCACACAUUGACCCAAUUGAUAUCGAUUUGGGCUCUUCUGACAAGGGGAGUCCUAAUACUUCAGCAAAGCCAAGAAAAAAGACGAUGACAUCAGUUUAUCUCAAAUAUUUUGAGACCGCUGCUGAUGGAAAAAGCAGAAGAUGCAAGUUUUGUGGACAGAGCUAUUCCAUUGCAACUGCUACUGUUAUUCUGCAAGGAGAAAUAGACACCGAGAUUUUCAUUGGUACAGGAAAUUUGGGAAGACACCUAAGUAAUCGGCAUCCAGGUUAUGAUAAGUCUGGUGAUAUUGUCAGUAAUCCAGCACGACAGCCUACCAGCAUAAUCAAGAAAUCUCAACCUCAGGGGAAACCGCAACAGAUUGACUAUGAUCAUUUGAAUUGGUUGAUAGUUAAGUGGCUUAUAUUGUCUUCUCUCCCUCCUUCAACCCUGGAAGAAAAAUGGCUGGCCAACUCCUAUAAGUUUCUCAAUCCAUCUAUUCAACUGUGGUCUACUGAAAAGUAUAAAGCAGUUUUCCGGGAAGUUUUCAGAAGCAUGCAGGAAGAUGUAAAAGCCUCUUUGGAACACGUUUCAUCUAAGAUCUCGGUCACUCUUGAUUUCUGGAAUUCCUACGAUCAAAUUUCUUUUAUGAGUGUAACGUGCCAGUGGAUUGAUGAAAGCUGGUCCUUCCAGAAGGUGCUGCUCGACAUCACUCACAUACCUUAUCCCUGUGGGGGUCUAGAGAUCUUUCACUCUAUUGUGAAAGUUCUUAAGAUGUAUAACAUAGAAAGUAGAAUUCUUUCAUGUACCCAUGAUAAUAGCCAAGACGCUGUGCAUGCCUGUCAUGCUUUGAAAGAGCAUUUGGAUGGUCAGAAAGUUGGGCCAUUCUGUUAUAUUCCUUGUGCUGCUCGUACUCUAAAUCUGAUUAUAGAUGAUGGGUUAAGGCCUACAAAAUCAAUCAUUGCAAAAGUUCGGGAGUUUGUACUAGAAUUAAAUGCCUGUUUGGAUAUCUCUGAGGACUUCGUUCAAUUUACUACAGUUUAUCAAGAAGGUAACUGGAAAUUUCCGCUUGAUGCUUCAGUAAGGUGGAGUGGAAAUUAUCAGAUGCUCGAUAUAGUACGGAAGGCAGGGAAAUCCAUGGAAGCUGUUAUCAGGAAGUAUGAGGAAACACUUGGCAGCAAGAUGCUUCUGAACUCUGCUGAGAAGAACGUAGUUAAUAUUGUGCAUCAAUAUUUAGAACCUUUCUACAAAACCACGAACAAUAUAUGCACAAAUAAGGUAGCAACUGUUGGUUUAGUUCUGUUCUUCAUGGAUCACAUUUCUGAGACUGUUGCUGCCUGUCGAGAUUCUCGGCACAACCCUGACUGGCUAAAGAGUGCUGCAGAAGACAUGGCCAAGAAAGCAAAGAAUUAUAGUAAUCAGGUUUGCAACAUUUUCACAUAUAUGACUGCAAUUCUUGAUCCUCGAAUCAAAGGAGAGUUGAUUCCAGAGAAUCUUAACUCAGGGAAUCACUUGGAAGAAGCCAGAUCUCAUUUCAUGAGAUAUUAUUCUUCCAACCAUUUUCCAUCAGUGACCAGUGGGUAUAGUGCUCAGGAGAUUGAGGAUGGAGGAAGUGUUUCUUUCGCUGAGGAAAUUGCUCGAAAGAAGCGAAGGGCGAGCAUGAGCAAUGCAACGGAUGAGCUAACACAAUAUUUAUCAGAGCCUCCAGCUCCAAUACCAACGGAUGUUCUAGAGUGGUGGAAGGUUAACAACACACGCUAUCCACGACUCUCUGUUAUGGCUCGAGACUUCUUGGCUGUGCAGGCAACUUCGCUGGCUCCCGAAGAACUGUUUUGCGGGAGAGGUGAUGACAUAGAUAAACAAAGAUACUGCAUGCCUCAUGAUAGCACACCAGCUCUCCUUUGUAUCAAAUCAUGGAUUCAAAGUGGUUUCAAGUUGAAAUACAAGUCUAGUGAGAUUGACUAUGAGAGGUUAAUGGAACUAUCUGCCACAUCAACUGUUGAUAGUAGUACUGCUGGUUCUGAUAAGAAAUCCAAAUGAUUGCAAAAAAACCAUGUCGGAGCUUGGAGAUAGUAUUAUCUAUGAUUGAGACUAAAUAAGUUACGGCCGCGACCACAGAUGACAGAUGCAAUAAAGCUAGUUACUUUCAGGACCUUGUACACUAGGAAAUCCAACUGACAGGCUUAUAACUUAUGGAAUCAAUGCUCUUUACAAAGUUCGAACUUGCUCUGGGCUUAAAUAGAAAGGUACACCGACAUUGGUUUAAUCACGAGGUGGAGAGUCUUGCAUCUUAUUUUAGUUAGUUUCAAUACUAUGAGUACGAGAUAAAGGACCCAAAGAAUGGGGGAUCAUAAAAAAGUCAAGGGUUGUGUGCAGCUCAUUAACCUUAAAAACAUAUGUUGAUUUGAGCCAUUUCAGAUUUUAGCAGAUAGUUGUAACCAUAACUAUUUUGUUCAACUUACUUCUAUGAAAAAACAUGUGCUGGCUGGAGGUUGAGGGUCGAGUCCAGCAAAAGUUUCAGCCCGUUUGUGCA